AUGAAAACAGAAAUUUGUCGGUCGCCCUGCUCUAAAUUCGUCUACCAAUCCUCUCCCUCUCUCCCUCAUAGGGGAGCACCCCCCUCUACCAAUCCACCUCUAUCCAUCUCUCUCCUUACUUGGUGCGCGCUCUAUUUUCCCCUACCCUCUCUCCUCUCCUGUCGUCUCCUCUUUCUCCUCUCCUCCCGAAAGUUUCCAGGUUUUCAAGGGUUGGUCCACUAACUCACACUUUAUACUCCUCGCACACACCCAACCGAUAGCACACUUUCACACGCACAGCCGCGAUCACCCGCAUCAGUUCACCGCGACACUUGAAGUUUGGUUUUAAACGAGUUGAGAGCCGAUCAACCACCUGUACAAACCAUGUCACCCCGUAAACCAGGAGAAUGGGCCGUCGCUGGAAGGAGAGACCCAGAAAUGGAGUGGGAAGCCCAGGAAUGGAUUGAAGCUGUUAUUGGAGAGAAAUUCCCCGGUGGAGUAACAUUCGAUGACGCCCUCCGUGAUGGUGUUAUCCUGUGUAAGUUGAUGCAGAAGCUCCUUCCAGGAAGCAUAAAGAAGAUCAACGUAGCUGCUGGAGACUACAAGAGCAUGGACAACAUUGGACAGUUCCAGAAGGCAUGUGUCAAAUACGGAGUUCCAGACGUUGAUCUUUUCCAAACAGUUGACUUGUGGGAAAGGAAGAAUAUCUUCAAUGUGACAAAAACCCUCUUCGCUGUUGGAAGAACUGCCUACAAACACCCCGAGUGGAAGGGACCCUACCUGGGACCAAAGCCCUCCGAGGAGAACAAGCGAGAGUGGUCAGAGGCCCAGCUGCGGGCAGGCGAGUCAGUCAUCGGUCUGCAGGCGGGAACCAACAAGGGAGCCACCCAGGCGGGGCUCAACAUGGGUGCCAGCAGGAAGAUCCUGCUCGGAAAGUGAUCCAUCAACACUCAUUUCCAUAGCCGACAGGCGACCAAUAGCAUAAGCUUUCAAUAUUCAUGUCUCUUGUAUUAUUCCUUGUCAUGUCACAUGUACCCACACUUUAACUCAAAAUACAGUUCUACUACUCGAGGAAUAGACUUUUAAAAACUUGUUGAGUAACGUUGUUUGUUAUGUGGAGUUUUGAUUCUAUCGUAAGGGUUUUCUAAAAUUGUCAUAAUUUGAAAGACAAGUAAAUCACUUGAAAAUCAACAACUUAGUUGUAACAGUUUGUGGUUUAAAAUUUUUAUUCUCAAUCCCAGGCUAUUUCAGCUAGGUUUUUCUUUUUCAAGUGAUAUAUUUGUUUUUGCAAAUUAUUUCAAAUUCAUUAUUAUUCAACAUUUAUCAACAAAUAUCUUGUGUUACCAAUCGAGAUCGACGGUAUAACUGAUUUUUAUAUUCUUUCUUCAUCAGCAAUAAUUAUUAUUUGUUGAUGUUGUAAACCCUAUAAGAUGUUUAGUAUAAAAUAUUGAUAUAACUAUUCCUAUCAACUGAUAAACUUUUCCUGUGAAUGUAUAAUUUUGUUCUAUUUAUUUAUUUAUUGAAGAUGUAAUAAAAUACCGUUUUAUGUACUA